UUUUACACGUACUGUACAUAAACAAUGUGCACGUGUGUCAAAACAAUUUCACAUUUCAGUCAGUGGCACUAAUUUUUUUUAGAUUAAAUUAACUUUUCCAACUUUUAUUUUAUUGAUUUACGUUCCUAAUUCAUAAUGAAGCGAUUAAGUGAUGAACGUGCUAAGAUUCUCUUUGAAAAGUUGUCCAAAUACAUUGGUACGAAUGUGAAGCAACUGAUCGACCGCCCGGACGGCACAUAUUGUUUCCGUGAGCACAGGGAUCGCGUUUACUAUGUAUCCGAACGUAUACUGAAACUAUCUGAGUGUUUUGGUCCCGAAAAGCUGGUUUGUGUUGGCACAUGUUUUGGAAAGUUUUCAAAAACAGAUAAACUGAAAUUUCACAUUACGGCGCUAUACUACUUGGCACCUUAUGCUCAAUAUAAAGUCUGGGUGAAGCCAUCAUUUGAGCAACAGUAUCUAUACGGCAAUCAUAUACCAAAAUCUGGUCUAGGACGUAUAACAGAGAAUGCCGGUCAAUACCAAGGCGUAGUAGUGUACUCCAUGAAUGAUUUACCUUUAGGUUUCGGUGUAUUGGCGCGUUCCACAACGGAAUGUAAGUCUGCUGAUCCAAUGACGAACGUAUGCUUCCAUCAGUCGGAUAUUGGAGAGUACAUAAGAUCGGAAGAUACGCUUUUCUAGGUUUAAAUGUGUGUAUAUAUGUGUAAUUUAGAAAAAUAAAAACAAACAUAAAAAUUCA